ACUGUUCUGUGUUUUUCUUCUUCUGUUUUUUUAUUUUUAGGUUUUUGAUUCAAUAAAAGGGAAUUUUUAUUCCUCUGUAUUAAUUUUAUAGUUCUAGAAUAAAGGGGGACGAAAGAGCAUUUGCAAAUUAUUAAUUUGGAUCAGAGACAAAUGCUCUUUCUAUUUGUGUAUCUUUGUGUUCUUGGCAUAAAGAUUGGGUUUUGAUUCUGUUUGUUGAAAAGAUUUUGAUCUGUUGCUCUGGACUCUGGAGUUAGCAUAAUUGCCUUCCCUUUUCUCUUUUUUUCUUUUUUUUUUUUUUUCCUGUCAGGGAGUAAUUUUCUGUUAAUUGGGCUGGAUUUGGUGGGGCAUUUUUGGAUUCUGAUCUGGGGUUAGGGUUGAUUUUGGUGAUGGAGUCGAAUUGAAUUUUAUUGAGUGUAGAGGAGUUGAAGAAUCGAGGGAUUCUUGGGAAGAAUUUUGAAGUUGGGUUGUGGGUUAUUGAUUUCUUUCUUUUAUUUGUAUUUGUCCUCUGCUUUGUGAAAAGAGGAAAUCUUUAGUUCAUCAAGGGGUUUCUUUUUGGGAAUUUUACUGGAGUUAGUUGAUUUAGAAAUUCAUAUUGAUAAGGGUCCAUCUGGGAUUAUAGAAUUCUUUGUCGAACGAGAAUCUUGGGAGUGGUUGAUCUUGUUAAAGGAAUUCAGGUUGAUGUUUUUAAGAAAUAUAUGGCUGCGGGGACUGAUUUUUCGCCUCUGUUUACUGAUGUAGAAGGUGGUUAUAGGAAGGACAAUGGCCAAAUUUCUGUGGUGAAAGAUGAAAUUACGGAAAACAUCGAUGACUUAAAGCAAACAUUGAACAGUAAACCACCACGGCAUCUGUCUGUUGUGCGGCAUUCUAUUAGUACUACUCCAUUAAUCUCGCCCACAGAUGUGGUGGAUUCUGAUCUUGGAGAAAGUGGAAUAAAGCCGCUAUCAGAUACAAAAUCAAGCUUCCAACCAGUUUUCCGGUCUGGAAGCUGUGCCGAGAAAGGACCUAAGCAGUAUAUGGAGGAUGAACAUAUCUGCAUUGAUAAUUUGCAUCAACAUUUAGGUGAAACUGCAGGCUUUCCUUCACCUGGAGCUUUUUAUGGGGUCUUUGAUGGUCAUGGUGGUACUGAUGCAGCGUGGUUCAUUAGCAAUAAUAUUCUUAAUUUUAUAGUUGAGGAUUCCUUUUUCCCUGUUUGUUUGGAAAAAGCAAUCAAGAGCGCAUUUCUUAAAGCCGAUUAUGCAUUUGCUGAUAAUAGUUCCCUCGAUAUAUCAUCUGGCACAACAGCGUUGACUGCAUUCAUUUCCGGAAGAACAUUGAUAGUUGCCAAUGCUGGAGAUUGUCGAGCUGUGCUGGGAAAACGAGGUAAAGCCAUUGAAAUGUCGAUAGACCACAAGCCCAAUUACACAUCUGAAAGACUCAGAAUCGAGAAACUAGGAGGGGUCAUAUAUGAUGGCUACCUUAAUGGUCAACUAUCUGUAUCACGGGCCCUUGGGGACUGGCACAUGAAGGGCCGUAAAGGGGCUGCUUCCCCAUUAAGUGCAGAGCCCGAGUUGCAGGAGAUGUUACUAACAGAGGACGAUGAAUUCUUGAUUAUGGGAUGUGAUGGCUUGUGGGAGGUUAUGAGCAGCCAAUGUGCUGUCACAAUGGCUAGGCGGGAGUUGAUGCUGCAUAAUGAUCCCGAAAGAUGCUCAAGAGAACUUGUUAGAGAAGCACUCAAACGAAACACUUGUGACAACUUAACGGUAAUAGUCAUAUGUUUCGCCCCUGAUCCUCCUCCUCGGAUAGAAGUUGUCCCGGGCCGAGUGAAGAGGAGUAUUUCGGCUGAAGGGCUGAAUCUACUUAAAGGUGCAUUGGAAGGGUAACUUGUGAGGAGAUGGCAUAUAGACUGGAAUGUCCGAAAUACGGCUGAAAAAAGACGAAGAACGUAUUCCUAACCUUAGCUGCUGCAUCUUUUUCUUGCGGCCCACAUUCAGACGUUUCGGCUUUUUGCAUUCACUCUGCGUAUGUACAAGUGAAAUGUUGUAGUAAUUGGGUGAAUUAACUGUUAGCUUUCUCCAGCUGGUGAAGGACGGUUUCUCCUGAUGUAUAUAGCUCAGAUCCAUGUUACAGUUCAUAAAAAUUCAAUUUGAUAAUUCAUAGACUGCUUGCUAAUUGAUUGUUUCUAGUGAA